AUGCUGCCUGAGCGUGUUUGCUAUACGCUGAUCUCGCGGGCUGAGCUGCUAACACCUUCCCUCCCCCCCUUCCCCUCUACCGCGCCACAGGCCACGCCCCCCGUCGCACCCACCGCGGUCAAGGCUCUUCUGAUGGGCAUGGGCCAGAGCCAUGCCACAGCUAUCUUCGGCGACACGGUGGCCUUUUUGUAUCCCCUGCUGGUAGACGCCGGCCUUGCCGCCCGGGACGCCAGCCUAGAAGACAAGGCCAAGGCGAUUGGCCUUUUUUCAAAGAAGAUCAAGCAAGACAACCCCACCCUUUGGGGCUGGUGGAUCAAUAGGCCAACGCGGUCCCGUCACCAGAAGAAGCGCGCCAAGCACCACAUUGGGCUCCAGUGCGGCAUCAUCACCGCGAUCAGCGAUGGCAGUCUUACCACGGCCGACUUCUCGGUGGACCCCCAGCCCUCCGCUAGCCGCCCGGCUGCUCACAUCGUGGUGCCAACGCCCGCCUCGUGCAAUGCCUGGGAUGGCCUUCCCCAAGCGAUUGCUGCAGGAGCUCGCCAAACCAACCCCACCGCGGCGGCCCACCUGAUGAUGGCCAUGCCAGAGGUGUACGGGCCACAUUCCGAUGAGUUCCCCCCGAUGUUUGCCACCACCAACUAUCAAGUGGUCGUUCACUCCGACCCGUCGGACGACGGCGUAGCCGGCGAGCUGAACCCGAACACAGGCCGCGCCAAAUGGAAGCCGACCCCCAAGGAGGAGCUUCCGGAGGAGCUUCAAGCCCGCAAGCUAUGCAGGCAAUGGGCGGCAGGCUACGCCGCCGCUCCGCCAACCGUCGUCGGCGAGUGGGUAUUUGCGCUGCCAGAGCAAGGCUUCUACUUGGUGCUGCAGCCGGACUGCAUGUGGACGUGGAUGCCUCACAAGCUCCACGGAACGGCGGUGCUUGACACGUCUGGCCGCAGUCGCCACACGGCUGUUGUGACACUGCCCCUGGCGACGGCCGCGGCCAUCCGGAAAUACGGCCUCCCUGAUGAUGAGGACAAUCCGUACCCACACCACCACCACGAAACGACCACGAACCCUGCACCAACAUCGUCGUGCGCCUCGAACUGGGCGAAACCAUACGGCUCCUCAACUUCCACGCAAAGUGGUUGAACGAAACUACCAGUAUAUCCGAAGAUGAGGUUCGUCCCUCCCCGUCUCCUCCCCAUCCCCCCUCUUCCACUCACCCCUAUCUAUUUCCCAGGGGCAAUGGCUGUCCGC